GACGAUGAUGUUGACGUUGAGGAUAUUUCUUCCGAUGAGGCUUCUAGUGCAGAUGAAAGUGAAGGGGAAGAUGAAAGUGAAGAUGAAAGUGAUGAAGAAAAUAUACCCAAAUUGAAGAAGAAAAAGAACUUGGAUGAUGGAUCUGAAUCCUUCUCUAAUGCAUUCAGUGCCAUUAUCGGUUCUCGUUUGAAAGCUUACGAUAGAAACGAUCCAAUUCUUGCAAGAAACAAGACCACAUUGAAAAAAUUAGAGUCAGAUAAAUUAGAAGCAAAAGCUAAAAAAUUGUUAUUAUCAGAAAAAAAACAGUUACACGAUAAACAUAGAGUGAAGAACUUGCUUCCAUCUGCAGACGAACCUGAAAAAGUCCGUGAUUUGAUUGGGCAUGAAAAAAAAUUGAAGAAAGUAGCCCAAAGGGGGGUUGUAAGAUUAUUCAAUGCAGUUUUAUCUACUCAAAUCAAAACAAAUCAACAAAUCAGUGGUGAAAAAGUUGGCCAAACCCAAAAAGAAGAAUUAAUGAACGAAAUAUCAAAAGAAAAGUUCCUUGAUUUGGUCCAAGCUGCUGGACAA